AUGGUUCCGUGGAAGGAGUCGACUGUUAUCACUUCGAGCAAAACAGGAAGAGAAAAGUGGAUUGAGGCGUUGGGAGAAGGAUUCAGGAAUCAAUUGGAGAAAGUCGGAACUCGACGAGCCUACAUUUGUCGUUCUCACUUCCCAUCCGGAGAAGUUCAUGGAAGAAGAUCUGUAUAUUCGCUUCCUAGACUCGCUGCUGAUGGUGAUGUUGCUGAUACAUCUAAUUUAUAUUUCUCCGAAGGUGAUAACGGUUUCGAGAUAAUUGAAGAUUCAAGAGUUGCUGAUAACGAGGAAUCGUUUGUACUUUUGAACACUGAUGGGGAGGAAGAUGGAGAAGAUUCGGAGGAGAGUUAUGGUGAACAGGAAACUGACAGUAGUUUUGUGCCGGAAAGUGAGGAAUCUUGGUCUGAUGACAGUGAGGUGGAAGAGGGCGAGACAAGUGGCAAUUUAGAGUAUGCAUUUGUUGAUUUGAAUUGUUUGAUUGACAGUCUCAAAUAUUGUCGUCAAUGUCACUCUGAAGCAAUAGAAGCGGCUGUUUUGAAGCCAUCCGGAUAUGCAGUCUCUGUGAGUCGUGAGCUUUCUAUUAGAAAACAAUUUUUGCUAGAAGUAGAAAGUUUCAAUUCGUUGUCCACUAUUUAUCACCCAAAAAGCUAUUACUUCCACAAAAACUUCCCUCUCCGCGUUCAGUUGACCGUACUUCACUGGAACUCUCUCAAAAUAGAAUGGUAUAACAAUGAGAGACACUAUACUGGGCUAAAAGCAUUCUACAACAAAUCAAACAAGGAAGCAGUUUUCAAAAAAAGGAAGUCGUCGGGAACUCAUUCUUGGCGUCGAGUUGUUCUAGAAGGGGUUAGAUCCCACCAAACCCAGGCCUCUACUCAUAACGUUCCCCUAUCGGUUUCUCCCGACCCAAAUCACAUGACUGAUGAUUAUUCUUCUCCUAAUAACUAUUCUUCGUCUGACGAUGACAUGAUCUGA